AUGAGAAAGAGAGAGAAUGAGAUAAAGAGAGAAGGAGAGAGAGCUUUCGGGGGGGUGGCUACCCACCUCGGCGGCCAGCAUGGUUCUGGUAGGUGCAGAACCUCUCGAGGACGAGCUCGAACCUAUCGACGUCGCGGUCGAAGCUGCCGUCGGGGAGCGAGAGCCCGUAGAAGAACCCGGGGAAGGCGAAGCUGA